CCCAGCCAGGCACUUGAUUCUGCAGGAAGUGAAAGUACCCAGUAGUCUGGAGGAGCUCGCCACUGCAGGCAUCUGCUCCUGCCGCGUUCAGCCCCCAACCAUGCGACCUCUGAUCUUGCUGUGGUGCUGCCUGGUGCUCCCAGGUUAUGAAGCCCUGAAGGGCCCAAAGGAGAUCAGUGGAUUUGAAGGUGACACCGUGUCCCUGCAGUGUACCUAUGAGGAGAAGGUGACAGAACACAGGAAGUACUGGUGCCGGCAGGGUGGCAUCGUGCUGUCCCGCUGUUCUGACACUGUCUACACAGAUCGGGAUCAGGAGGUGACACGGGACAGGAUGUCCAUCCGAGACAGCCCCAGAGAGCUCUCGAUGACCGUGACCAUGAGGGGCCUCACCCUGAAGGAUUCAGGGAAGUACUGGUGUGGGGUCGACAGGCUGGGCUUCGAUGAAUCUUUUGAGGUCUCUCUCAUCGUCUUCCCAGGAAAAAGGGACAGUGCCAUCCCCGCUGGCACCUGCUGUCCUUCCUCCCCAACUCCCUCCUUCCAGCCUCUUACAGCUACAAGGAGCUUGCAGCCCAAGGCAAAAGCCUGGCAGACUCAGCUCCCAGAACUGACUUCUCCUGAUCUCCACCCGACAGUCGUCACGGCCAAACAGGGGAAGAUAGGCGUCAAAGCCCCUGUACUCACCGAGGGGGCCCCAGCCCGGUCUGCAGGAACCUCCCAGGUUCCCCCAGGAACCUCUCCAUAUGCUUGGAGCUCUCCUCACACAGCAACCCCAGCCCGGUCUGCAGGAACCUUCCAGGUUCCCCCAGGAACCUCUCCAUAUGCAGGGAGCUCUCCUCACACAGCAACCUCUCCUCAUGCAGGGAGCUCCCGCCCAGUGUUCUGGCUGCCCCUCACCACACCGAAGGAUGCCGUGGCUGUAGCCAGCAGCGUCUCCAAGUCCAGUGUGUCUAUCCCAAUGGUCCGCAUGAUGGCCCCAGUCCUGGUGCUCUUGUCCCUUCUCCUGGCUGCAGGUCUGAUUACCUUUGGCAGCCACAUGCUCCGGUGGAGAAAGAAAGCUUGGCUGACCACAGAGACACAGAGGAACGAGAAGGUCUACCUCUCAUCCUCGCCUCCACCGCCGGGGAACAGCUGGACCCCUGUAGAUGCCAUGAUCAACCUGGCGGCGCCCCCAGAGUGUCUCGGCAACCCCAAGCCCUUUGCUGUGCCCUCCUCUGAGACUCAGGACCUCAGCCAGACUAAAGCAGAAGAGGCAGCACUUUCCUUGGACGCCGAGGAGGACGAGGACGUGAAGGCAGCGCCUCCCCAGGAGACGUCUGCAGAGGAACUGGCCUUCUCCGAGUUCAUCUCCGUGUAACUGCAGAACGCCCCGUGGUCAGGCACCACCGUGAAGCUCAACGGCUGAGUUUGCGUGAAUUCUCAGGCUCUGCUCACCAUCCCCCGGCUCUGUCCACCUUCCUCCAGGCCCCAAGAUGGCAAAGACGUGUCUCUGGACCCUGGAGUCCCCCCGGGUGGUACUUAACAAUUCCAGCCAGAGGCUGGGGACCUCCAACAUAUUCUAAUCCCUAGGAAGAGUGCAUGACUGUGGGCCUUCACCAGGGCCCAGCAAGGCUCACUAGAUGAGGGCUGAGUUUGUAUGCAUUGCAGAAAAUUCCCUGGGCAUGGUUGACCAGCAACAGUCCCGCCUCCCAUCCCCGGCAGAUCCCACUUUCUCCUCCCUCCAAAUCUCCUGCAUCAGGUGCCACGGAGGAGGCAACAUGUGUGUCUACAAAACACCUGCAUCCUGCCCCUUCAUAAAAUAA